AUGUCAAGAUCGGGUGAUGAAUGUGUUGUGGCUCUUACAGAUCAGUGGUACAUAACGUACGGAGAAUCAGAAUGGCGGCAAAUGGCUGAGGAGUGCUUGUCAAAAAUGAAUCUCUACUCUGAAGAAACAAGGCAUGGAUUUGAGCACACUUUGAGCUGGCUCAACAGUGGGCUUGCUCACGUUGCCCAUUUCUUUCACGAUGGAGACAUGUAUAAAGGGAGUAAGUCUUUGGUUCGCCCUCAGCAGAUGAAUGAUGAAGUUUGGGACUAUCUCUUCUGUGAUGGUCAGUACCCAAAAUCAUCCGACAUUCCUCAGAUGUUUUAGGAGGCACUUAAGAAUGGGUUUUACGACUUGCAAGCUGCUCGAGAUGAGUAUAGGCUCUCUUGCGGCAGUGGCGGCAUGAAUCAUGACUUGAUACUGAAGUUUAUGGAUGUGCAAACACGCCUCAUUGAACCAAUCUGUCCUCAGUUUGCAGAGCAUGUUUGGAGGGAACUUUUGAAGAAGGAAGGCUCUGUGGUAAAAGCAGGCUGGCCAACAUCAGAUGAGCCAGAUUUGGUUCUCAAGGGUGCUAACAAAUAUCUGCAAGAUUCUAUCAUCUUAAUGAGAAAGCUUCUACAGAAACAGCUCUCGGUUCCAAGAAGGCUGCCUAAGAAAGCAAACCGUACUUUUGCCCCUGAUGCAGAGAUACUUGGAGAACUGAGGGAGAUUAUGCAGAAGGAUGAGGAAGCAGAGAACUUCAAGCAAAUUCAGAAGCUUUGCAUGCCUUUCCUGAAAUUCAAGAAAGGACGAGGCAAUAGCUCUGGGAGUCAGGCUCUGAAUUUGAGGUUACCUUUUGGAGAGAAGGAAGUCCUUGAGAGUAACGUGGAGUUGAUCAAGAGGCAGCUUGGUCUUGAAGAGGUUGAAAUACAUUCUGCUGCUGAUGUGUGA